UGCCCUCAUGACACAACAACAAGUACCCUUUCUCCAAACAAAGCCAUAGCAAAAGCCCUACAUAUAUAUAGCAACAAUGAAGGUGAAAAAAGAGAGCUCAAGGAUUGUCAAGCCAACUUAUGAGGGCACCCCUCCCCCAAACACAUCCUAUACUCCCUUGAGUGUCUUCGAUAAGGUCACUUAUGAUGACCACAUGGCAGUUAUCUAUGCCUAUCGCCCGCCGACCCCUCCGAACACGGCCCUGGAGCUAGGGCUCGCGAAGGCGCUAUCGGUGUACCGGGAGUGGGCCGGGAGGUUGGGAAAGAAUGACGAGGGUGACCUCGUCAUUCUUCUCAACGACAAAGGGGUGAGGUUUGUCGAGGCAUCGGCGGAAUGCACUCUCGACCAAGCCAUGCCGUUUCAGCCCUCGGCUUCCCUGCUUGCCCUUCACCCCAGCUGGAAGGGCGUGGAAGAGUUGGUGCAGGUUCAACUCACGAGGUUCACUUGCGGCUCGAUGGUGGUCGGCUUCACGGCCCACCACCUCGUGGCGGACGGCCGCUCCACAAGCGAUUUCUUGGUUGCAUGGGGCCGAGCUUGUCGCGGGCUUGAAAUCGAUCCUACUCCUUCCCGUGACCGCGGCAUUUUCUCUCCCAGAGACCCUCCUAGAUUCGAGUUUGAACACCGGGGAGCGGAAUUCACGAGUAAGAAAAUCAAGAAGGAUUAUCCUUACAUUGAUGAUAUCAUCAUGGAUGACGUUGUGGUGCAUAGGGUUCAUUUCUCAUAUGAGUUUCUUGCCAAGCUCAAGGCCAAGGCUUCCGCCAUGAACGGCACUAACAAGUCCUGCAGCACUUUCGAGAGCUUGGUCGCUCAUCUGUGGAGGGCCAUAACCAAAGCUACCUCACUCGGCGGCUUCGAAACUACCCAUGUGAAGAUCUCAGUCGACGGUCGUGCUCGCUUGAACCCCAGGGUGCCCACGGAGUACUUUGGGAACUUGGUGCUCUGGGCCUCCCCGAGCGCCAAGGCGGAGGACCUCCUGCGCGAGCCGUUGCCACACGCGGCCAAGCUCAUCCACGACGCUGUCUCAAGAGUGAACAACAACUACUUCAAAUCGUUCAUCGACUUUGCCAGCUACAAAGCGGAAGAGGAAGCCUUGGUUCCCACAACGGACGCGAACAAGUCGGCUCUGUACCCGAACUUGGAGGUGGCUAGCUGGUUGAGGUUCCCAUUCUACGACGUGGAUUUCGGAGGAGGAUGCCCUUACAUUUUCAUGCCAUCUUACCUGCCAAGAGAGGGUACCAUGUUCCUCUUGCCAUCUUUCGUUGGGGAUGGCAGCAUCGAUGCUUUCGUACCCCUGUUCCGAGACAACUUGGCAUCCUUCAAACAGAUUUGCUACACCUUAGACUAGUAGUUCACACUCGUUGGCACACAUAUAUAUAUAUAUAUAUAUAUAGGGAAUGUCCGCAUUUUAUUAAAAUAAGGAAUUUCUUAUAAGAUCGGUGCUGUAUAUAUAUAUAUAUAUAUAUAUCUUGCUUGCCAGAGAGGGAAGCAAUGUUCUUGUUACCUCUCCAUUUUCUUCCUUUAUGCCAAACCUUCCAAAUUUUCUA